ACAAAGUUGUUCACAAAUCACUUUGUGGCUUACAUUUAGUUUCUGCAUGUUUCUGUAACGUGCUGCCAUGAGGAGACUAAACUGUACACUGGUUGUCGGCACGAGAAGGGGAACUGCCCUGUGAAGUGUUUCAACCGUAAAGUGCAGGAUAGAGCUGUUGAAUGGCAAUGGUACCUAUGCAGAGCACCGAGGACCUCAAUCAGCAGUGCCAGAAAAUGACAGCAGAGGAGACCGAUGAUAAUAACAGAUGCAGCAGCAACCUACAUGAACUUCCCUCUCCAGCAGGAUGUGGAAUGUUUACCUUUCUGUCAUCUACCAUUGCUGCCAUCAGUGGACUCCUAAUGGGUUAUGAAUUGGGACUUAUCUCAGGGGCUCUUCUCCAGCUGAGCAGUAUACUAAUGCUCUCUUGCAAACAGCAGGAAAUAGUCGUAAGUGCCAUCCUUAUUGGGGCCUUACUAGCAUCACUUACUGGUGGAUUCCUGAUUGACCGAUUUGGAAGGAGAAUUGCUAUUAUUGUAGCAUCUUCUUUAUUUGUAUUGGGAAGUCUGAUCUUGAUACCCAGUGCAUCAUAUGGGAUACUUAUUGUAGGCCGGAUCACUAUAGGCAUUUCCAUAUCAUUAUCUUCAAUUGCAACAUGUGUAUAUAUUGCUGAGAUUGCACCGCAGCAUAGAAGAGGCCUACUUGUGUCAUUAAAUGAACUUAUGAUUGUGACUGGCUUUCUUUUUGCCUACAUUUCAAAUUAUGUAUUUGCCAGUUUCUCUCAAGGCUGGAAAUACAUGUUUGGCCUUGCAAUGCCAUUAGGGGCUUUGCAAGCUGUUGCUAUGUAUUUCCUUCCCCCAAGUCCUCGGUUUCUUGUUAUGAAAGGUAAUGAUGAAGCUGCUAGCAAGGUACUGGGGAGGCUAAGGGCAACUUCAGACACUACUGAAGAACUCAUUGCCAUCAAGUCUUCCUUGAAAGAUGAACAUCAGUACAGUUUUUUGGACAUAUUUCGUUCAAAAGACAACAUGAGGGCACGAAUGCUAAUAGGUCUCACCCUAGCAUUUUUUGUGCAAACAACAGGACAACCUAACAUUUUAUUUUAUGCAUCGACUGUUCUGAAGUCAGUUGGGUUUCAGAGCAAUGAAGCGGCUAGCUUGGCCUCUACUGGAGUGGGAGUGGUCAAAGUAGUCAGCACAAUCCCAGCCAUCAUUUUUGUGGAUCAAGUUGGAAGCAAAACCUUUCUGUGUAUUGGUUCUUCUCUUAUGGCGGUGUCGCUAGUCACCAUGGGUUUGGUGAAUUUUAAUUUACAUAUGAACUUCACAAAUAUCUGUAGAAGCCAGUCCCUGGAAGAUUCAGUUUUUCAUGGAUCAGGAAACCUGACUGCUAAUAAUGACAGUCUCAGGAACCAGUUUGGCAGUAUGACUUCACAGGAUGGAAUAUCACUAAAUACACUAAAGAAAUCUGAAAUGGUUAAAACAGAGGAACAGAACAGGACAGUUUUGGAAGGAGACAUAAUCUCUACAGGAAGUCAAAUGAGAUCGAACAUCAAAACAGAAACUGUGGAAGUCCCACUAGUUCUGAAAUGGAUCUCUCUGGCUAGCUUGCUUGUUUAUGUUGCUGCUUUCUCCAUUGGUCUGGGACCAAUGACCUGGCUGCUGCUGAGUGAAAUUUUCCCUGGUGGAAUCAGAGGACGGGCCAUUGCUUUGACCUCUAGCAUGAACUGGGGUAUAAAUCUCCUUAUCUCCUUGACAUUUUUGACUGUAACUGACCUUAUUGGCUUGCCAUGGGUGUGCUUCAUUUACACAGUAAUGAGUCUAGCAUCCUUGGCUUUUGUCAUCAUGUUUAUACCAGAGACAAAGGGGUGCUCUUUAGAACAAAUAUCCAUGGAGCUAGCCAAACAGAAGUAUGCGAAGAAUACCACUUGCUGGAUCAGCCAACGAAGAGAGAAAUUAGCACCAAUAGAGCUUCCCAAGAGAGAACACUGUGAGCAGUUCUACUAGACUUCAGAAGGAUGUUCAUCCAAGGGCAACCUAUGUGGCCUUCUCAAGAGAACUAAUACCCCAAAAUAUUCAUGAAUGCUAUUAUGUGAGAAACCUUAGUAUCUUAUAUACACAAACUAGUCUCUAUUCCAUUUCAAAGUAGUUUUUCCUUCAGUGACAAUAUAAUUCUAAAAUUUAAGAUUUUUGUAGUUUACAAUUCAUUAGAAUCCUAGAUUUACCCUACUUUGUGCCAGCAUCUUUCACCUCCUCUGAACUUACCAACCCCUUAGAUGUGGAAGGUGAAUGAGUGCUGAAAUACUAUGAACAAUUCUGAUCAGCCGUCUUCAACCAAGAUGAAUUCAAACCAGAACUGAUACAGAGGAGGACUAUGAGAACUAGCACAGAAAUGGAGAGUCUAUGUUACAAGAGGAAAGUAAAAGAGUUCUUCUACUUUAGCCUAGCAAAACAAUUGUGAAAAUUUAAGGGUGCAUGCACUAGGAAGGGAGGAGAACUAUGUGAGCUAACAGACAACAUUGGGCACAAGAACAAGUGGAUGGAUAUAAAGUGGACCGUGAAUAAAUUCAAGUUGAAAGUUAGAGCAGUGAUGUUCUGGAACAGGCUUCCAAUAGGAGAAGCCUGAGGUAAGAUAUAGAACUAGUUUUACAGGGGAGCUUGAGUACUUCAAGGAAGUCCUCGAGGGCAACUUGAAAAAAUGAAACAUUGACAUCAGCUCGUGGGAGACUAUUGCCCAGGACCUCCCCAGGAGGAAGAGUGUUGGAAGAGUGUUCCUCCCCAGGAGGAAGAGUGUUGGAAGAGUGUUGGACUUCGAAACCUUACAAUGACAACAGGAGAUGGAAAAGCAGGAGUGGCAGAUAUAGAGUGUCAUGGACCAAAUCAAGAAUCUGGAGCCACCUGUCUCUCAUGGAAACACAUAGAUGAGUUGCAGCAGUCUGUCAAUCCUGAAUCGGUCUCAUCAGCCAUCUUUAGACCCACACGUAAAACAAUCAUAUGGAAGACAGUCAUCCUUGACUGCAAGGGAUUGCUGAAGUAUAUGAUAUAGUUGUCUGGAACAGUAGGAGACUGAUCUUGGUGACCCAGUAAGUCUCUUCCUGUACUAUGUUUUUAUUAAAUGAAGCAACAAAAACUUUUGAGACAGAGGCAUCUAAAUGCAUGACCAGCUCCUUGAACUGGUGUAGGCCCUAAAAGAGACAAAGAGAGAGAGGUUUUACUUCCCAAAUCAUACAAAUCAAGAUAAAAACAAUUAGAGUUGACUCUGAGAUUAGUUUUCAUGUCCUAAUGCAGCCUUGGGAGUAUAAAGGAAGAGUUUGUGUGGCACAAUUAAUAGAUGGUAACAUUAUUAUUUGCAUACCUACAUGCUGUAAAUCUAAAUCAUUGCUGUUCUGGAAAUAUUGUGUCAAACUUGGAGUGGAUUCCUCUGAGUCAUUCUCUGCUUAUUCCAAAGUCCUGGUCAGGAACACAACUGCACUCUUUCAAACAAUUAUUAUGUACCACAUGUUAGGCAUUAGCUAGCUCAUAGUUGUUUCUCAGUGAGCAAUAAGCUUGAUUACUAAAGGCAAUCAUUGAUCCUCUGGAUCAUGGUGUACACACAAAAUAAAAGCAAUAAGAAUUGAAGCUACAGUGCUGAACCACUGGAUUUGGAAGACUACCGUAGCAAUUGGCUGAUAGAGGAGGUCUUGGAGAAAACAAAUUAAUAAAACACAAAUUGUCAUGAUCCAAACCAUUGUAUACGCUGAGUAGGACCUCCAAGCAGUAAUUCAUGGAAACCAUAACCAACUAGUUGCAUUCCUCAUGUCAAACUGUAGCCAUGCAAAGCAGGAGGUAACAAAGGUUAUCAUAUCUCCACUUCCUAUGUGGCUUAGUUGGAAAUUUUUCUGAUCUCUUUGCUUAGAAGGCUGAUAAUGCUCUGGUAGAGUGAAGUCUUUCAAGUUUCAGGUUUUUCCAUCAAGGGUUCAGAGGACCAUUUAUUAGCACAAUAUAUGCCCAAUCAAAGCCUAUAGAGAAGCUAGAGAAGAGUCAGGAACAAACUUAUUAAUAACAGUAAUUAGGAAUUUAGCUACCUCAGAAUGUGAGCCUACUGUUAAGAGCUCCAUUAUAUCCUUCCUGCUAUGGAGAUCUGCAACCUAGAUCCUGGGAGAGUUGACCAAGUCCUAUCCAACCCUUCCUGUAAAGAGGAGAUAAUAGUCAGAGCCUGUUCUGCCAAUGCAAGAACAAUACACAUACCAUAUUUUCUAGAGUUUACCUUGUUUUAAAUUAUAUAUGCCAUGGUGCUGCUAUCGUAGGUGACAAUUCUAGAGACUGGUAGAUGUCACAGUUGGCUAGGGUUUAUUUAAUUCAAGCAUUGCCGCUCAAAUAUAAUAUUAUCACAGGCAUCACAACUCAAUGUUAAUUUCAGGAUGUACAUGGUGUUACAAAGUGCUAACCAGGACAUUAUUUUCCCAUUCUGUGAAGAGGUUAAAAAUGAAAAUGAAAUGUUUCUAUUCUGCUCUGGGAUAAAACUGAGAUCUUUCAAUAUUUUUCAUGAAAAACGAGAGUGGAAGAGACAGCCCAAAAUAGUCAGGUGGUUUGGAGAGACAAGGAUCCUUGUGGUGAUAUCUUUUAUUGGACCAACUGCAUAGUUGUGAUAAAGUUAGACAAAAUUUCAAAUGCAGUGUAUUCUCCAUCAGCUUGGGAUCCUCACCUGAGAUAGGGGACACCCAGGUUCAAGUUCCUAGUCAGAGUUCAACAAGGCAGGGUCUCUCACACCCCAGCUGAGAACCUAUGUGGCCAACCCAGGGUCUCAUUCUGACCCCCACACUUCACCCCAGAUGUGAGAAACCUUUGGUAAUGAAAUCUGAUUUAGAACUAGAAUAUAUCUGGGAAAGGCUCACUGGAGGACUUGGCAGUCUCUUGGUUUUCCAGCAAAAACCUCUCUUGUUGGAAUUCCUGAUCAACUUCAGUAGCAAACAAACAAGCAUCUAAGGAUAUGGAUAAGGUUUUAGAAUCAUGAUUUUUGAAUUCUCGGGGUUAGCCACACUGUGGCCACGUCUACACGAGAUGCUGACAGUGCAGGUUGUUACUGCACAGUCAUUUAGUACUUGUUUAUACAAGUAACUCAGGUUACUGUGUGGUAGUACUGAUGAACAUCUUUUUUAUGAUGCUACUGUGCAGUCAUCUACUAUUACUGCACAGUAGUGUUGCAUCGUGGUUUUUGCCACACUAUGCUACUGUGCAGCAGUAUUGAGUUACUGCGCAGUAACAUCUCAUGUAGAUGUGGCUGGUGAUACUCGGCCUCAACGCCUUUUAUUUUACCAGUAUUGUUAGGUUAAAAAUAUAUUUUUAAAAAUACCAAUGCCCUGAGUCAGUAGAGGCCAAGCUUUUUGGCUGGCAUGCUGCAAAUUAACCAAGCAUCCUCCCAGCAUCAGACCCACUUUGAACCACCAUCCCCUGCCCAUGGCUGCCCAUGGCCCUUGUGACAUGCAUGCGACGGGAUGGCUACCCCUGCCCUAGAUUAUGGAAACUGACAGAAUAUUAAAAUACAUAUAUAAAAUAUUA